AUGGCUGAGUCUAAAGUGGUCUCUAUACCCUUUUCUAGUCAUUUUGUACUAAGCAAAUCUCAAUGUCCUAAAAUUGAGGGUGAAAUGAUAAAGAUGAGUUAUGUCCUAUAUCCGAAUGUAAUUGGUGCUAUAAUGUAUGCUAUGAUAAGCACCAGGCAUGAUCUGUCAUUUGCAAUCUCUAUGCUAAGUAGAUUUAUGUCCAACCUUGGUAGUGAGCAUUGGACUGCCUUGAAAUGGGUUCUAAGAUAUAUUAAUAGUUCUUUAUGUGUUGGCUUAGAAUACUAUAAAAGGAAUGCUUCACUUGAUCUUGUUGGUUUUGUAGAUUCGGAUUUUAUAGGUGAUAGAGACACCAGAAAAUCUACAACGUCAUACUAUUUUACUCUUGGUGGAAACUACAUCAGCAGGAAAUCACAAUUACAUCCUAUUAUAGCACUCUCUUCGACAGAAGCAAAGUACAUGGCAAUAGCUGAUGUGUUUAAAGAGGUUGUUUGGCUUCAAGGGUUGAUGACUGAGGCACAUCUAGCAGAUGGGAAGGUUACAAUUCACUCAAAUAGUUAG